AUGGCAGCGAACCACGACGCACUUAAAGUCACCUUUGACAACCUCGUCAGCAGCCUGACACUGGCUCAGAUAGCCUCGCUCAGCGACACAUUGGCUGUCUUGGCUUCUGCCAAAGCUCCGCAACCUCUUAACGCCAGUAUCGGUACAAUGCAAGCCGGAAACACAAACUCAUCACAAGCACGCAAGCCCAUCGCAGCAAGUUCACGUGCAGGCCGUCGUUUCAAAUCAGUCAGAGAGGCCAAGGUAAAGAAGCGUUGUCUCAACAGUUGGAUGGCCUUUCGCACAUACUACAGUCCUAUCUUCAAAGGUAUUCCGCAAUCGUUAAAGUCAGGCAGGCUCAAAGAAAUGUGGGCGGCAGAAAACAAGAAGGCAAUGUGGGUUAUGUUGUCUCAGGUCUACUCAGACAUGAGAGAUCGAUUUGAGCAGAUCAUCACAGUCGAAAAGUUCCUCAAGACCGCUGUUCCCUUUCUCCCAAUCAUCAAACCCGACGAAUACCUGAGCAAGAUGGGCUGGAUUCUGGAGAAAGAUGCUGAAGGCGAGCUAAAACUCAGUCGAUCCGCCAACUUCAAUGCCGAGCUUCUUGAUGUUGAGUUUCCACCCCGCUCCAACAUCUCCAAGGAAGAGCUCAUUGAUCAUUGCAUUCGUGAGGGUCUUGGUGAGGGUCAUGCUCGCCAGAAUCCAAUGGAAUCUUCCGGAGAUCAAAUGUGCGAAGACGGCUUGAUGGAUCCUGAGGCUGCACAACAGACCCCCCCAGCACAUCUACCAGCACAUCCACCGGCGAAAUCACCACCACUUGAAUCGUUGGCUCUCAUUGUCACACCUCAAGCAGUAAGUCAGCCGCAAUAA